CAGACUGAGUCGCUGGUGUUUCGAAAGGAAGCUAAUGUCGUAUAUCAACUCGACGCUGGUGUCGAAUGUGACUUCGUCGAUACACGUUUGUCGGAAAUCAUCGCUGAGGUUGAAGAGCGCGUCCAAGCAUACAAAUUGAAUGAUCGGAUUUCCCAAGAAGCUCACGUUCACAUUAUUGAAACAGACGAUUUCCUGAACGAAACGUGCCAAGGACUCUUCGCCUGCAGUGUCGACAUCAUCGACACCAAUUGCUCGUCAUCCCUGGACCAUCGACGAAACACGACAGCGACAUUUCUCAAAUUCACUGUCGGUUUCUCCGUCGCCAUCGAAUACGACCUGAUCCCGACGACGACUGCGAAAAGGCGGACGAGACAAUAUCGCAAUAAUAAUAAUAAGAACAAUCCCGAAGAGAGCAAAUUGACCAUGUUGAACUUGGUGGAAGAGAGUAAUCAUCGGGGAAUGAGCACAGAGUGCGGGCUGACGAUGUCGACGUCGAACUGGAAAGAUGUCGACUGUCGGGUCGUGAGAAAAAGGGUCGCCAGGAACGUGCAAAGAUUGUCCAAGAAAUUGAGGAUCGCUGCGAAGGAGUUUUGGGGACGUCCCGAUGAAGAUCCGUUUGAGCUUUCAUCACUGAGUGGUUUGAGUGCGAAAACGAAAUUCAAGAAAUGGACCGUUAGUCUCGAACCGGAAUGCCCGAAAGGUUACGAAUCGAAUGGGCUUGUUUGCGUCGGUUGUGGACCUGGUGCCUUCUUGGAUCCGUCCACAAAAAUGUGCCAAACCUGCUCUUCUGGAACGUACCAAGACAAAGAAGCCGCAGAUUUCUGCAAACCGUGUCCAGGGUCUGAUACAAAUCAUACCCUGGAAAGUAGCUCUUCUGAAGCCCCCUGGUUAUUCAAGGGACUCGCUGGUGCUACAAGCAUCACUGAAUGUGCAGGAGCUUGUCCGCCGGGGACAUUUUCCAGGAAUGGCCGCCAGCCUUGCAAACCUUGUCCCAAGAGCACUUUCCAGACUGGUUAUGGGAGAACGGAGUGUGAAGCGUGUGGCGCCAAUGCCACCACCAUGCGCCAAGGUGCCACCAGUUUCCAAGUCUGCUUGACCAAAGAAAUCUGCGCGGCUGGAAGCUUUUGGAACAGAACCACGGGAUUGUGUGAAUUGUGCCCCCGAGGGUUUUAUCAGACUCUCGAUCAGAGAGACUUCUGCUUUGCGUGUCCCGGGAACUCGAUGACAGAGUUACCUGGUGCUCAAAGCCUCAAGCUAUGUCGAGAAACCUCUUGCGAGAUGCACUUUGACGGUUCGAUGGGGUAUAUCGAGACCCCCAAUUACCCUGGUAAUUACCCAGUGAGCACUAAUUGCUCGUGGACAAUCAAGCCUCCUCACGGGAAACGGGUUUUGUUCUUUUUGCCGAAGUUGGACAUUUCUGCCGACGAUUCGUGUGAAGAUGUUUUGGUGCUGCGGAAGUCAACUGAGUACCAGCCUCUGAUUGAAGAAAUCAUCAGAGAUCCGGCACUUCUGAGCACUCAAAAUCAUGUUCAAGUAUUCCAAGAUCCUGAGCUGCUGAAAGCAUUGAUGGAAGUAAUAGCACAACCCGUCAACUACUACAAGUACAUCAAUAUCCAAACGCAGCUGUUCCCCAGUUCGUUCAUUGAUCUGUUGACUCCCAAAGCAACACCGUUUUCUACGAUUGAGGGGAAAUGUUUGAAUGAAGACCAGGUUUGUGAUGGUGAACCCCAUUGUGACGACAUGUCUGACGAGAAGGAUUGUGCUCAAAAAUGCCGAGUUGGUGACCAGCAAGAAGUUGGCACGGUUUGCUACCGAUGCAUUGCGAGUUCUUCGGGGGGAUUCAGUAGAUGUCACUACUUCCUCGGACGGAUAAAUGCUUGCCCCACUGAGUGGUGCGUUGUCAGAUUUGGGGCCGAAGGGAAAAUUAUUGCCAGAGACUGUGCCAUGGGCAUGACGGAAAGCAUGAUUGAAGUUAUUUCUUGGAAUGGACGGACGCAGGAAGUGGUUCCUUGCGAAUUCACAUCAACGUCUAGGGCAGCCGAGGACGAAGAGUACCUAUGCUACUGCAAAGGACGGCUUUGCAACUUUUUCAGGUCUGAAAUCCCUCUGAGUCGUCUUCGAGGCAAGCGAAAAAUUGAUUACCUGCCGGGGAAGGAACUUGUGGAUUGUCAGAGUUGCCACGGGAAAAAAACAACGUAUGCGUCUUCCACUGAAUGU